UGCCCAAUUUUUCAUCCAGAAUAAUAUCCAAUUUUAAAAAAUUAGAAGUUUUCUCUAGAUAAAACUGUUUGAAAAUGAUGUUGGUUCGAUCGCUGAAAUCAUAAACAAAUAGUUUAUCAUUAGUUAGAAAAGUUAAUGUUGAUGGAUUAUAUUGUGAGUUAGCUGAUCAACUUGACAAUGAGUUGAUAUCUAUUUUAGAGUAGAGUGAAAAGUAGAUACAAGUGCUUGUGGUUUUUUCCUAUGUUAAUAAUAAAUUUGAAUUAAUAAAUUCUAAUACUUAUGAGAAGAUUGGAAAUAGUAUUUGAUAGUGGUUGGAGAACUUAUCUCUUCUAUGCACUUCUAGGCCUUGUUUUACCUCACUUCUAUUUCUUAUUUGACUAGGAUAUAUGAUUGGACUUGUUCUUGACAAAAAUUCUACACACCAUGUGUUUGUAGAGCUCAAUCCCUUCUUAAACGAGUCAUAUUGGUCUUUGUGGCUUUUUAGACCUUUUUUAGGCUCAAUUUUUGGACCAAGGCCGAUCGGGUUUGGUCCUUUCUUGGACCCAUCUUCUUUUACUCGCCUUUUACUAUUCUAAACCCUAGUUCUUGAAUCGAAUGCAACACUACUAUUGAUAAAUUAGCUCAUCAACAUGAAAGUUUGAAAAAUAUGUUAUUAUAUUUGUCGGUAAACUUUAAAUUAAUAUUAAAUUUGAACUAAACUAGUUUUAGAAUCAUUGAUAAAGUAAACUAAUUUAAAUUAACUUCAUGAAUAUUAUAAUCAUCUAAGUCACAAAACCCUAAACCUAUCCAUUAUUUAAACUCCUAAAUUUUAAUAAGUCAAUCAAUUUAUAUUUUUUUUUUUACAAUUAUCUAUGAAAUCAUAUGACUUUUUCGAAUGCCAUUUUUAAAAGAAGAUAGCAUAUACAAUUUUUAAAGAAAAUUAUGUUUAUUAAUCUAAAUUUGUUCAUUUAUAAAUAUUUAUACGCUUAUUACUAGACUUUUCUUUAAGGGGUUUUAUAAAAAAUAUAACAAAGCAAUUUUGAAAACGAAAAAAGUCCCUAGGUCGAUCGUGGAAAAUACAAAAAAAUUGCUCCAUCAACCACAAUGUCAACAAUGCGCCUGUUGUACAUGAUCGUUUAGAUUUGACUAUUGUUUGGUACACGAUCGUUUAAUUUGGUUACGUUUAAAUUUGGUUAUACAAUCUAAAUCUAAACGAUUUUUUUUUCAAAAUUUGGUAUAUUUAUAUUUAGUAUAUCGAUCUUAUGAACAACCAAAUAGAAGUUUGAAAAAAAUAAAUCUUUUAUAUUUGAUACACAAUUUUGAACCAAAUAAUCAUUAAAAAAAGACGAUGGAAAGAAAGACGAUAAAAUUUGCAGAUGAUAAAAUUCACAGACGAAGUGGUGAAGAAAAUGAUCAAAGUGAAGAUAAAAAGGAAUGCCAAAUAUCAAAUAUUUAAAGAAGAUAAAAAGAAAUGACAAACAUGAAAUAUUUAAAAAAUGGUUAACUACUUUGUUAAACGGACCAUAAAUAUUUUAACUUUCUCACUUUUAAGAAAGUUUAAAUGGACAGAAUCCCAAAACCCCAACUUGAACUUCACUAUAAAAAAAAACAAUUAAUGGGUAAAUUGGUAUAAAAUAAAAAUUGAGAAAUACGUUGUCGUUUUAAAGCGCAACUACACAACUCUUUCUAUCCGCCUUCGCUAUUUUGCAGUUUGCAAUUGCUUAUCCAUUUGUGAAGCUCUCCAAUACUUCUCAGUUCUCAGAGCCAAGCCUACAGCACCAAAAAUGGCAGCCAUGGCUGCGCUUCAGAGCUCCAUGACCGCUCUUUCCCUCUCUUCCAAUUCCUUCCUCGGCCAACGCCUUCCACCGCCCAUAAUUUACGCUGCGCCCAUAACGUCAAAAGAGAAGCCAUGUCUCAUAGUAAUGAAGCUUAAAAGAUGGGAACGGAAGGAAUGCAAGCCAAACAGCCUUCCAGUAUUACACAAAAUGCAUGUCAAGGUUGGAGACACAGUGAAAGUUAUAGCUGGUCGUGAUAAGGGAAAAAUUGGAGAAAUCACCAAAAUUUUUAAACAUAAUAGCAAAGUGGUAGUGAACGAAAUAAAUUUGAAGACAAAGCAUGUGAAGAGCAGAGAGGAGGAAGAACAAGGACAAAUUAUUAAGAUCGAAGCACCCAUCCACAGCUCCAAUGUGAUGCUUUACUCAAAAGAGCAGAAUGUAACGAGCCGGGUUGGUCACAAAAUUCUUGAAGAUGGAAAACGAGUACGUUACCUCAUAAAAACUGGGGAAAUAAUUGACAGCACUGAAAAUUGGAAAAAAUUGAAGGAAGCGAAGAGCAAAACUGAAGUGGCUACAACUGCCUAAGAAUCGGUUUUCAACUGUACCUACCACUGAUGUAGUUAUGUAUCUUGAAGGGUAUUUCAAUAGCCUGUUAUCUUUUUUUUAGCAAAUAUUUUUGUUGCGUUCUUUUUGUUCAUUGAUGCAUAGUAAAGUGAUAUCGCGUUGGUAGUUUAUUGUUUAUCGAUAAUCUAUAACAUAUUGAGACAUAUAUAUAUAUAUCCUCAAUUAUUCUAAUAGAUUCAUCAAAAAGAUAUUAGAAGGAGAAA